GGCCCGAGGAUCCGGUUCCGGCGUAGUCGUGACAAUGGCGGCCUCCAUGCUGAGGCGUGCGGACCGCGCUUCGCCCAGACGUCUCCUCCUCCUUCGCCUCUCUCCUCCUCCUCCCCACGCCGACAUCUCCCUGCCCCUGCGGCUCCUCGCGCGGGGUCUCGCGGCCUCCUCGCCCCCCUCCUCGAGUAGCGGCAGCAGCAGCAGCAGCAAGAGGAAGUCGCCCUUUCGUAAAGGUGGGGAGGGAUUUUCCAAAGGAGCACGCCAGCCAGAGAAAUGGAGGCUCAGGCUAGAGAAUGCUACGCUGCGGAGCGAGAGAAUGAAGCCAGACCAGGACUGGAGCAAUGUCUACGCCACGGCCGCCUCCUUCAAACCGGCGGCCGUGCCGCUGCCUCUCCGCAUGGGAUACCCGCUGCGGAACGCGGCUCCCCCAGACAAGUGGGGAAACCUGGAGCUCAUUAAGGUCGCAAAUUUUUUGCAUCUUACCCCACCGGCCAUCGAGAAACAUUGUGCCGCCCUGAAAGAGUUUUGCACGGAGUGGCCGGCCGGUCUCGACUCGGACGAGAAGUGUGAGGAGUACUUCCCCCUGGAGGUGAAGAGCACGGACUACGUGUCAGCGGGGCCCUCCAUACGCAACGCCAACGCCCGCGUCGUCACCCUCUCCGUCCGGCUCUCCAGCCUGAAGUUGGACGACCACGCGAGAAAGAAGCUUGUCAAGCUGGUGGGAGACCGCUACGACAAAGCGACCGACGUUCUCACCAUCAGGACGGAGAGGUGUCCUGUUCGGAAACAGAACCACGACUACGCAAUGUAUCUGUUGACCAUCCUCUACUACGAAUCUUGUAAAGUGGAGCCGUGGGAGGCCGAGAAGACGGAUGCCGACCAGGAGGAGUACGUGUGGGAGAAGAGCCCUUCCGAGCGCAACCUGUCCCAACUGCUGUCGCGAAUUCGGCAGUCGCGUGGCAAUGCGGAGGAGGAGGAGGAGGCGGCGGCGCCGGACGACGUGGAGAGCUACAGGAGAACGGUGACGGAGCUCAAGAACCUGGGCGACACGGAGGACAGGAUCGCGGCCUACAAGGAUUCCGUGAAGAGGCUCCUGCGGCUGAGGGCUCGGUAGUCGCGAGUGACGGCCUGUCCUCCUGCAACGCGGCAGCGUUUGCGUUCCUGAAAGAACGGUGCGUGAUUGGAAAGGAUCGCGUCGUGAUGAAUAACACUGGUCAACACACUUUUUCUGGCAUAAGGUAUUCCAACGGUUUUAAGGUAAUUUUGGGGGGUGCUGAUUCCAAAUCUGGCAUCAGUUUUUGUCUAUCACAUCACAAUAAAAACUACAGAAGAAAAAUAUUAAAUAAAUGUGGAUAUCUACAUAAAAUGAUAUUAUAAACACACUAUCCUAAAAAUACAGCACCAUAUUUUAAAACUAAAGCAGUCACUGACUCGCAACAACUUGCAAUCAUAAGUGACAGAGUUAAUUUCGGGUAAAAUCAAUGAAAAUGGGGUAUGCCGAUAGCAUAAAAAUGAGAUGUGAUAUAGCAAAUCUGAGAUCAGAUUUUGAAUCGGCACCCUGAAAUUGGUCUAAACAGCUGCAAAAGUCCAGGCCAGAAAAAAUGUGUUUUUGUUGACCAGUGUAAUAUAUAUUGUAGGGUAAGGCACGGGUCCGUGAGAACACGUGAUACGCGUACGCAGGCCGAACAAAGACUUCAGGGCGCGUGGGUAGCAUCUAGAAGUAUCCAGCAGCAUCCCGAUUUGUGCGAUGCUACGCCGAGGCGGCCGUACAACUGCUUACUGCAUACUCGUGCGACUUAGUUCCGUUCACUCAAUCGCGUUAUAAAAAAUGUGUUCCCUAAUACAAUCAUCGCGUUAUGUAUCCCAAUUCGCGUUAUGAAUGCAGCGGCCUCUGAUGGCUUCAGGGGUCACGUAAACCCUUGACAACGUGUACCAAUGGAAACCGUUUGAUUCUUAUGCACGCGAUUCCAGUCCCGUGUAACGUGCGCUUAAUAAUUGAUAUCAACUGGUGGCAUCCUUGCUACACCUCUGCUACGCGUACCACGUUGUGUACGUGAAUGGUUUAUUGUCACUUUGUACAAGACGAUGCUUGCAAUUGAAAGGUAGAAAAUGCAUUUACAUUCGCUGGAGCGAUUAAACUUUUGACUGAA